AUGGAAGAAGAGAAGCUCAAGGACUGUCUCUUUGAGCUUCAUUAUAGAGCCAAGAACAUAUCUCCCCCACCGCCUCGUGGGCCAGGAUACCCGCGAGUGAGACCGACGAUUCCAUUCAGCAACGAAGAUCAUUUCCGCGAUAACUCACUUAAUGGAUCACCCUGGCAGCACAACAAUUAUAUGGAUGUUACAAUCCCCGUACUCCCACCUUCACCGUACAAAGUAGACUCACCCGACCCAGAGUCGCUGUGGCCCGAAGGACUGUUCAUACCACCGUUCAACCCGCCAAGGUUUGCUGCUAGUAAACGCCGCAACGAGGUAUUAUCAGAUGCCGAAUCCUUGGAUCCCUACUUAUUAGAAGGAUCGGAAGCAGUAGCAGCAGUCAAGCGGGCAAGUCGCCAUGGUCUAUACUACUUCCACGAUAUACCUCAUAUAGAGUCACUGCUCGCCAACCAGGAACAAAGAAUCGAGAAUAAUUUGAAACCUCAUAGAAUAGGUAGCAUACGUCACACGUGGCCUUACAACCGACCUUAGCAUUCCCUCGACCGACCAAUAAAACAAUACGU